CCGGCGGCGGCGCGCUUUACGGCGGCAACGUGAGUGCGUGACGCUAGUCAGUCGUCUCAAUUUGCACGUGGCGCCUGAGGAGGCAAGCUGUCUCUGCGAGCGUUGGUGCAACUGCGGACGCUGCCUCUCCGACUUCCAGUAUGAAGCGGCCGAAGUUAAAGAAAGCAAGUAAACGCAUGACCUGCCAUAAGCGGUAUAAAAUCCAAAAAAAGGUUCGAGAACACCAUCGGAAAUUGAGGAAAGAGGCUAAAAAACGAGGUCGAAAGAAGCCUAGGAAAGACCCAGGAGUUCCAAACAGUGCUCCUUUUAAGGAGGCUCUUCUUCGGGAAGCUGAGCUAAGGAAACAGCAGCUUGAAGAACUGAAACAGGAGCAGAAACUUGAAAGGCAGAAGGAACAGGGCAAGAAAAGAAAACUUGAAACGGACAUUGGUGUUGAGCUAUCUAACAUGAAAUCUGUGAAAGAGGAGUUUGGGCAAUGCAAAGCUAAGAAAGCCAAGGCAAGCAGGCAGAAUCCAAAGAGGCUGUAUUGUCAGGAACUUAAAAAGGUGAUUGAAGCCUCAGAUGUUGUUCUGGAGGUAUUGGAUGCCAGAGAUCCUCUUGGUUGCAGGUGUCCCCAGGUAGAAGAAGCUAUCGUUAAGGGUGGACAAAAGAAGCUGGUACUUGUAUUAAAUAAAUCAGAUUUGGUACCAAAGGAGAAUUUGGAGAACUGGCUAAGUUAUUUGAAGAAGGAAUUGCCAACAGUGGUGUUCAAAGCCUCAACAAAUCUGAAGGACAAAAGGAAGAGAAUCGAGGUAAAGAAGAAAGCUGCUCCAUUCAAAAGUGAAGUGUGUGUUGGAAAAGAAGGCCUUUGGAAGCUUCUUGGAAGUUUUCAGGAGACUUAUGGCAAAGCCAUUCACGUUGGGGUAAUUGGUUUCCCAAAUGUGGGGAAGAGCAGCAUCAUCAAUAGCUUAAAACAAGAACGGAUAUGCAAUGUUGGAGUAUCCAUGGGGCUUACAAGUUACCAUCUUUCUCGUUCUAGGUGCAUGCAGGUUGUCCCCUUGGAUAAACAAAUCACAAUCAUAGAUAGUCCAAGUUUCAUUGUGUCUCCACUUAACUCUGCUAUUGCACUUGCUCUGAGAAGUCCAGCAAGUAUCGAGGUAGUAAAACCAAUGGAGGCUGCUAGCGCCAUCCUGUCCCAUGCUGAUGCUCGACAGGUGGUACUGAAAUUUACUGUCCCAGACUUUAAGAAUUCUCUAGAAUUUUUUACUUCAUUUGCUCAGAGAAGAGGACUGCACCAAAAAGGUGGAAACCCAAAUGUAGAAGGUGCUGCCAAACUGCUAUGGUCUGAGUGGACAGGUGCCUCCUUAGGUUACUAUUGCCAUCCCCCCACAUCCUGGACUCCUCCUCCACAUUUUAAUGAGAGCAUUGUGACAGACAUGAAACAGGGCUUUAAUCUGGAAGAACUGGAAAAGAACAAUGCACACAGCAUACAAGCCAUCAGGGGCCCUCGUUUAGCCAGUAGCAUCCUUUUCCAGUCAACCGGUCUGACAAACGGAGUGAUAGAGGAAAAGGACAUAUCUGAAGAAUUGCCGAAACAGAAAGAACAGAAGCAGGAGGGGGAGGACUGUGAAGAUGUCAACACUGACCAGGAAAGUGUUGACGAAGAAGGUGAUACAAGGGCUGUCCCACAGGAAAAGAGCUCAGACAUGUCUCCUGCAGAAGAGGCCUGCAAGGCACUGCCUGAGGAGUCUCAAGCAGGUGAGCAGUCUGCACCAUCUCUUGUCUUAGAUAAAAUGACUGAAGAGGAAGAUGAUGCCUAUGACUUCAGUACAGAUUAUGUACCGUAGAACCGUGUGUUUUGUUGUGGUUGGUUUUUAACAUUGUGAGCAGACUGCUAAACUAUUCUCUGUUGUGAUACGAUUUCUUGUGGUAUGACAAGCUGUGUAAAUUUUGUGAAUAUGUAUAUAAUGAUAUAUUCAUUUAAAAAACAGACAACUUGGAGUCUAAAUUCUAUAAAAAGAACUCAUCUCUUAAACAGUGAGUGGGCGGAAAUAAAGUUAAAACA